GUUAGUUGAAUAAACUAGGCGAAAAAAAAACCAAUCACCAUGCAUCUAACACCUUUAUUCACCGUAUUUUUCCUCGGUUUUCCAGCGCAAGGGCAAGAAGAAACGUGCGAGAUGGACGCCUGUCAAGCUCUGGAAAGGAGCGAGAUGAAUCUAAAAGAGUUUUCCGACAGUCUGGAACAGAGCGACAGAGAGAAAUUCCUGGCGAAUUUGGAGCGAAGAGUCAGAUCGCUCGAGCAAUCCGUUUGGGAAAUUUCCAAAUCGAACGAAAGAUGGCUGGACUGCGGCAAGGGCCCUUGCAAGUGCAAGCCAGAAACCAAAAGCGUCACCUGCUGGCAGAGCGACUUACCUGCCAUUCCUGCGGGACAAAUCCUGCCGCACGAUAUCAUCGCAAUAGAUUUGGGAAUAAACGCAUUAACAACUCUAAAUAAAAACGCCUUCAAUUCACUCGCUUUUCUUACCGAGCUGGAUUUAUUCGACAACAAAAUCGACCAUCUACCUGACAAUGUUUUCCAGGAAUUGGACAGUUUAAAAUACCUUCGAUUGCAUAAAAACCUGCUGGAAGAAAUAUCUCCAGUUCUUCUACUGCACCUCAGGAACCUUCAGACGUUUGAUGUUUCGGAAAACCGGAUAGGAAGCCUUCCUGCGGAGCUAUUUAGAGGCAACUCUAACAUGAUGCUGCUGCAUCUAUCCAGGAACCGAAUCAGGACCAUUCCAGAAACAUUGUUGGCCAAUUUGGAGUUAUUGGAGGAUUUGGAUUUGAGUAAUAAUUUAUUGGAAACUCUGCCGAAGUUCGCCUUUGUCGAUUUAAAAGCUUUGCGAAGGUUGUUUUUAGCAGAAAAUAACAUUACGUUGCUACCGACAGGCGUUUUCGAUAAACUUGCCAAUUUGGAGCAACUGAAUUUAAGGAAGAAUCGAAUUUCCUACAUCCCGGCGAACAUUUUCGAUAAAUUAGAGAAUCUGCAAAUUCUCCAGUUGACCAACAAUAAAAUCACCCAGAUAGGCGUGGAAGAUUUCAAGCGUUUACCCAACUUGGUAGAGUUGCAUUUAGGCCAGAAUUACAUCAACGAAUUGCCGGAAAACGCUUUCGUCGCAAACAGAAACUUGGAGAAGUUGUUCUUGUUCUCCAAUAACUUCGAAGAGCUCAAAGAGAAGACCUUCAACGGUUUAGUGAGCCUCACACUUUUAUUAAUCAACAAUAACAUUCUGAGGGAUGUACACUCGAGAUUGUUCUUCUACACGCCCAGUUUACAAAAAUUGCAUCUAGACAGCAACAAAUUCCACUUCCUACCAGCCAAAUGUCUAGACCACCUCACCCAAUUGAUAUCCAUAAAACUGGCCAAAAAUCCCUGGCAUUGCGACUGCAACAUUUUGUAUUUAGCCAUUUGGGUAGAUAACAACGUGAACAAAUUGUGGGAUUCCCAGCCGACCUGUCGUGGCCCAGGCAAUCUCGGAGGGUCUCUAAUUAAAGAUAUGACUUUCGAUAAUCUUUGCGACGGGCAAUGGGCCAGCAUGACCCAUCUAUCGCCCAGAGUGCCCAUCGGUAAGAAACAGAAUGAUGGUGAAUUGGAUGAGGAGAUGGCGAAUUAUACGGAAACUUAUCCAUUGAAUUGAAAUCUGGAUAUUAGACCAUUUGAAUUCACAUGUUUGUGGAAAAAGGUAUAUAUGUGUCAAUGUUUGUAUAUGUUUAUGUGUUAGCAAAUUGCGAAACCUUUGCAAUUUUAAUGAUAAAACAGUGUUAUCAGUUUUGGAAGAUUUCAAUCGAAGUAAUUGGGUUUUGUAGAAAGUUAACUAAAUGGUCUAUUUUUA